GAAAGACAAAAAUGGCUCUGUUCUUCAGCCGAAUCUCGAAGCUCUCAGUACGCAGGUACAAUUCUCGUUUUUUCUCAUCAUUGCCUCAGUCACCAUGUCUGGUGCUGGGCACUAAGAAGUUGCGAGAGUCUCCAGAGGAGGGGAUGAUCAUGCAUCAAAAAUUAUUCGACCCGGCUACAGAAAAGACAGUGUACAGCAAGGAGAAGAAGUAUCCAAAAGAGCUCGUUGGUAAAACUCCUCUGGGAGCAUCGCAAGGUUGGGGCAUUUCUUGGGAGGGCCUUACCUUGCAUCUCACGGAUCUGUACAAGCCGUGUGUUUUAUCUUCAAAAGUCAUAUCACUACCUCCACUUAGGCUCGAGUAUAAACCCACAACCCAUGCCACGAAACUGUCUCUCUCUUCUUCUGAUCCUGUCCAAGACGACUUUUUUGUGGCUGCAAAGUUCAAUGAGUAUCACGUAAGUGUCUACAGGCCUCGUUGGGAAUCUGAGUGGACUCACAUCGGGACCGCUUACUCUCUUUUACCAGCCUCUAAGCUCAUGUUCUCCAAGAGAGACCAAGCCUUCCACUUUACUAGUUUUAAGGGUCUCUACAUGGGUUCGCUGUAUCUCAACAACUACAAAGAGAUCAAACAUAAAGAAAUACGCCUAAGAAAUAUGCCUAAGAUUCCACAGGCAGGUUGGGAGAUGUUGGAUAAUUGUUCCAUAACCAACCACUUAGUGGAAUCUCCCUCUGGUGAACUUUUCUUCAUCAAGUGGUACACACAGUGUAUUCACCAAGAGGACGAAGAUGGUGAUUUGGAAUUUGUCCACAGCAGUACUAAGCGGUUCAUGGUCUUUAGGCAAGAUGGGAUGAGCAAAGACUUUUGUUACACUGAAGAUAUUGGAGAUCUCUGCAUCUUCCUUAGUAACAGUGAACCCUUCUGUCUCUCAGCAAGCUUGUACCCGGGGCUCAAACCUAACUCCAUCUAUUACAUUGGCCCUAGACAUGGUUGUUACGAUCUAGCUUCUGGUACGAACCGUCCCUUCCCUUUUGAUCAAUUUGGCAAACCCUCGCGGGUCAGUGCCCCUUACUGGAUCUUUUCGACCUCUUCUCUGAGUUCUAACUAG